AUGUCACGUCCAAUCACAUCACCACACGCUCAGAAGUAUCAGGUCAAGUUUGGCACAUCCAGAGAGCGAGAAUUCUAUAAGUAUUUACCGCCCUACCAUCUCAAACCACACGCCCUCCAACACGUCGGGCCUGCUACACUAUCAAAAGAACAUGUUGCUCGAUCCUCAGAUGACCCUGUCCUGACGGCAUUCGCCCAAUUGGGCACCUUGCGACUAGAUGCGCAGCGUGCGUUGAUCUCGCUUUUCGGCCGAAACGAGCAACACGUUCUCACCGAAGCCACUCGAACCCUGAGCUUGCAGAAUGAUGGCGAGCAUAAUGCGCGAGACGAGCUUUGGGUCGGGUGUUGUACUAUGUCUUAUGACCGCAGCCUGUGUAAAUCGGUUAUGCAUUCUACGCCAAAUCCGUCAAAUGCCAGGGACGGAGUCUUGGUUGUGCCCGAUCUUACCAAAGAUAAUGCAUUCAAGGAUCAUCCAGAUGUGACUUCAUUUCCAAACAUUCGGUUCCUCGCAUCGAGUCCUAUCAUCAGUCCGAAAGGUGUGGUGAUUGGAGCCUAUACGAUCUUAGACGAUCAACCUCACGAGCCCGAGCCCCUGGGCGGUGAGACACUCCAAUUCCUGGUCGAUAUCGCAGCUACCGUCAUGGACUAUCUGGGAACUAGUCACUCCAAAGCCCAACGUUUCCGCAGUGAGCGCAUGAUGGUUGGCCUUGGAAGUUUUUUGGAGGGAAAGGGUAGUCUGCGCAAGUCAUGGGUUCUCGACGCUGACGCCUCUCACCCCAUGUUUGAUGGAAUGGACCAUGCAGAAGGGCAUGUCAAUCGUGAACAGCAAGAAAAGCAGGUCUUGAAUGAUGUCACUCAGACCGUGGCUCAGAAUGGCAUGCCAAGCCACCUGUCUUCCCGUCCAUACAAUCUUCAUUUCCCUAGAAAAAAGACCCCGCAAGGGUAUAGGGAGAAAUAUCAUUCAUUCAACUCGACUACCAAGAGAGAUGACAAGGCUCUACCAAAACUCGAAGAAACUUCCCAAGCGGCUAUGACAACUGGCAGUGAUCAAAGCCAGACAUCACUGAAGGAUGAUUAUACUGCUAAAGUGAAUGAAACAUUUGGACGUGCAGCCAAUCUCGUCCGCGAGAGUAUCGAAGUUGAGGCAGUUGUCUUUUUCAACGCCAAUUUCCGCUCCCAGGAAGCUUUAGUGGACAAUGCAGAGUCUGAUACUGAAGGCAGUGGGUUUGAGAGCUGUUCUUCGGGUGAUGAGGCCACAUUCCGAAGCUCCCCGCAACCUUCAUUCGAAGAUCAGAUCUUUUCUGAUCCAGAACAAGCGGAAAACUCAGGCAAAACUACUUUGAACCCGUGCGAAAUACUCGGAUUUGCCAAUUCGGAUGUCUCUAGCAUCAAUGGUCAGUCGUUGGACGAUAACAAAAUCGCAUUGUCGGAGUCAUUCCUCGGGGGCCUUUUGCACCGAUAUCCCCAAGGGAAGAUCUUCAAUUUUAGUGAAGAUGGGACAAUAUCGUCUGAUGAUACCAGUGAUGGAGUGGUCAACCGAUUUUUGCGACGUCUCGGGGGCAAUAGGUACAAAAGAACACGAAAGUCACUCGUGCGCCAGGAUGCCCAGAGCUUGCUUCGAAUUGCCCCAGAAUCCCGAAGCAUCAUAUUCUCACCUUUAUGGGAUUCGCACAAGGAUAGAUGGUACUCGGGGGCUCUGGCGUGGACAAAAGAACACCACCGUGUCUUCACUUCGAAUGAUGAGCUAGCAUUCCUCUUGACAUUUGGAACUAGCGUCAUGGCGGAGGUGCAUCGACUCGGCGCUCAUUUCGCCGAUCGAGCAACAUCAGACUUGCUCUCCGGACUGAGUCAUGAACUUCGGUCGCCUCUGCAUGGGAUUUUCGGAACGGCAGAACUAUUAAAUGACACCGCCAUGGACGCGCUACAACGAGGAUUUGUUCAUACAAUCUCCUCUUGUGCAUACACACUACUAGGCUCCAUCAAUCAACUCCUCGAGCAUGCUAGUAUCAAUGAUGUUCGACCAAACUCUGUCGCCAAACUCCCCGGUGGUCGUUUUCCUAAAAUUUCUGUCAACCCGAAAAUUACCGCAGCCCGCCCUCCUUUGCAUUCAACAAAUGAUGUCGACACCUGUGUCGAACUUGAUGCUAUCUUAGAAGACGCAGUUGAAACGGUCUUCGCUGGUUAUUCCUUCUUCAGCUGUUCAAGAUCUCCCCUUCGGGGUAUUGCCGGCGCUUCUAUCUUCGGUAGCAAACAUUCCGAUACACGGGGUGGAGUCCAGGUGAUCUUGGAUAUUGACCGCACCCACAGUUGGAAAUUUUUGACACAAGCUGGGGCCUGGAAUGUUAUCCUCACCAACAUCUUCGGGAAUGCCUUGAAAUUCACUCACAAGGGGUAUAUCUACAUCUCCAUGAAGGCCUCUCCAGUGAAUUUUGGAAAAAGCGGCGACGCCACAAGCUCAACAGUCACCGUGACUGUCAAGGACACUGGAUCUGGGAUUGACCCGGAAUUUUUGAAAAAUGGACUAUUCACUGCUUUCUCACAGGAAGAUAGCAUGACAACCGGCAAUGGUCUUGGAUUAAGCAUCACACAACGAUUACUCGCAUCCCUUGGCGGUGACAUCCAGGUCAACUCCAAGAAGAAUGUUGGCACUGAAGUCGUGGCAACUGUGAUUCUUAAUCAAGCGUCUGCUUUGGACAAUCUUGACAAGUUGAACAAUCAGUCUCUCAUCACCACAGCGAAAUCUCUUGCAUGCGGGAAGACCAUUGGAAUAUUAGGCUUCGGGACUUCUGAAUUAGACACAGCUCUAUGCACAUCGUUACAAAGGCUGUGUGCAGAUUGCUUCUCCAUGGAAGUUCUUUUAGUUGGGGCUUCACAAACACAAUUCGCCCACUGUGACUUAUACAUAUCUUCUCACGAAUAUCUGGAUAUAGGGAAUCAGGAGAUCAGGGCUAUUGCACCUAGUCCAGGUGUUAAAAUCCCUUCGCCGGUCAUCGUAAUAUGCCCGUCCCCGAGGGUCGCGCACUCGAUGUCAGUCGGAGCUCGAAAUCGUGGCGAUACAAAUGUGCUCGAGUUCAUUAGCCAGCCAUGCGGUCCGCGCAAGUUGGCAAAAGCAUUACAAUCGUGUAUCAACCGCCAGCAGGUGCGGUUUGAUUCUCUCCGAGGCGAAGAAUGCAGACCGGGUGGCUCAGGGAGCUUCGGAGCCGACAUCAGCACCGAUGAGCCUGAGAUGGACUCGCUUCUUAGCCCGUCGUCAAACGGUCAUGGUAGUGACCAAUCCACGACCCAAGUGAUAGCAGAUCCAAAAACACAUACCCGGGCCAACACAGCAAAGCUCGAAUCUUUGAGACUCUGUCGGGAGAAUGUUGACGACUAUCUUUUUCCAUCCGAAGAAGUCGCCACCACGAGCCACGAUACACCCAUCAAAAAAGAAAAUAGCCCCAUAUCAACCACUCCAACAACCGUUCUUCUUGUGGAUGAUAAUGAGAUCAAUCUCAGAAUUCUUAUUGCCUUCAUGAAGAAGCUGAAUUGCGAUUAUGUCAUUGCGCAAAACGGAGAAGAAGCCCUCGAGGUUUUCAAGGCGAAUUCCUCUGCCGUUGGAAUGAUUUUUAUGGAUAUCUCCAUGCCAGUCAUGGAUGGCCUGGAAUCUACUAGGCGAAUCCGGGAGUAUGAGAAAACACUGGAAACCAAACCCCGUGUCACGAUUGCUGCCUUGACUGGCGUUGCACAAGCCGACACGCAACGCGACGCGACUGGGUCUGGUAUGGAUUUGUUCCUCACCAAACCCAUACGGAUGAAUAGUCUAGUGCCAAUUAUUAAAGGCAUAAUGCCCCCGACCCAUGCACUGUGGCAAGAGCAGUAA